AGGGGGGAAGAUGGCGGCGCCCGUCCUGCUGAGAGUGUCGGUGCCGCGGUGGGAACGGGUGGCCCGGUAUGCAGUGUGCGCCGCCGGGAUCCUGCUCUCCAUCUACGCCUACCACGUGGAGCGGGAGAAGGAGAGGGACCCGGAGCACCGGGCCCUUUGCGACCUGGGGCCCUGGGUGAAGUGCUCCGCCGCCCUAGCCUCCAGAUGGGGUCGAGGAUUUGGUCUUUUGGGUUCCAUUUUUGGAAAAGAUGGUGUAUUAAACCAGCCAAACAGUGUCUUUGGACUUAUAUUUUAUAUACUACAGUUAUUACUUGGCAUGACGGCCAGCGCAGUUGCGGCCCUUGUCCUCAUGACCUCCUCCAUCGUGUCUGUGGUGGGCUCUUUGUACCUGGCCUACAUUCUGUACUUUGUGCUGAAGGAGUUCUGCAUCAUCUGCGUCACUACAUACGUGCUGAACUUCAUUCUCCUCAUCAUCAAUUACAAACGACUAGUUUACUUGAAUGAGGCCUGGAAGCAACAGCUGCAGCCUAAGGAAGACUGAUGGCUGGUGGAUUCCCACCCAACUGUCUCAGACACUUCUUUCAUUAAGUUUAUUUUGCAAGUUUUUUUUUUAAAUUCACAACAGACACUUUCCCUGAGAAUCUUAAACUGAUUUUUUUUUUUUUAAUACUGUAAAUUAGAAGGGGCCCUAGCUAUUUUCUGUGUCAAUCUUCAUUUUAAAUCUGGAUACAAAAAAAGGAUAUGCCGAGCCAAUCAAAGACAAGCUUUAACUUUACCUUGAAGAUAUUUCUGAGAUAAUAAAAUGUAGCCCUAGCCCCCGGUCCUCCACCGUAAAGUGAGCAGCCAUGCUAGCAAUUCUUUAAUGUGUAUAAAUUCAAUUUCAGGUAUAACACGUGAUCAUGAACAUGAAAAUAUUUUAGAAUAGAUACUGUAUUAAAUAUUGCCAUGUUUACAAUAUGUAAUAUGUUUUUAGCUGAUGGAUUUAAAUCUGUAGAUUCAAUUAGAGUCCAUUCGUGUGAUAUUUGUAAAUAAAGGUAGAAACAUUGGAUCCACCCCUGCAGAACUUACUGUACAGUUUAGUUGAAGUGUAGCUGAGGAGUUGUCAGCUCAGCCUGACUGAUUAGUGGAGAGAGUAGACAGCAACAGAUCAUCUUGGGAAACGUGCUGACAGUCCUGGUGCAGGGUUGACAGCAGAAACAGUAGGGUGCUUGCUUCUCUUCCGGCUCCCACUCUGAGAGGAAGAAGCGAUAUCUGAACAUCCCAGUCAAGUUUGACUAGUCAUAAAACUGGAUGGAUCCUAACGGUUUAGGAUGUCAUGUGACCAGACCUGUAAUUCCAAGGCUCUUGGGACACUGAUGGUAGGAAAUGGAUGUAGUCUUUGGAGAAAAACAAACCACUAUGUCAUUUUUGGGCAAAGCCUCUUAACCAGUAGCUGACCUUUCAAUACCGAUGUGUUCCCUUGAUCCUGGUGCCAGUCAGCUCAACAGUAUUAGGACUGAAAUCUGCACAAGCCUGUGCUCCGAGGUCGGUCCAUGGUGUUUCCUUUCUCGUUUCUUCUUGCACUAAGGAUUGUCAGUAAGUGUUUCACAAUUACAUAUUGAAUUUGUAAACCUUAGGGCUGACACGAGGACCAGUUUCCUGACUCAGAAGAAACACAUCACAUAGAAAGACCUGGAAGUGAGACAUGGGAACUUUGUCUGCCCCACUCCAGGAGCCACACAGAAGCAGUGAGAAGAGACCCAGAGGUGAUCUGAAUAAACCCGAUGGCAUAGUUUACUGUGUUUCUCUGGUUAGCAUCUUACAGGAGAUGUUCAAAGUGCCUUCUGUCUUCAAUCUCAAACCAAAUCACUCUGUGUGUUGAACUGGGGCAGAAGUAUCCCUCCUUUCAUUCCUUACCACGAAGCAGAGAAUUUGCUUUCUACCAGAGGGGGCUGUGCAGCCAUUUUAUUCCUUGGGUUGAGAAGUAGUGGCAAUGUUCUGAUUUACAAUUUGGUUAAUCAUUAUGUUAAAAAUAGGCAACUAGAUGGCAAAUUCUGAGAGCUUUUAUUUGCCUUGUUUUUGGAGGGAGAAAACAGGCUUUGCUUGUAAAGAAUGUGUAUCUUUGAAGUGAUUUAGGACCUUCAGUCACAACUUAUGCACCAUAGGAUUUCUGGCCCAGGGCAGGUAUAAAAUAUGAAUUGUAAUGCCCUUUUAGUAGGUUCUAACCAGUUUCUUUCUUUCAAGACAGCUAAAUUCUGAUUUCAUGAAAGGUUGUGUUUCCCCCACAAAUGUGAACAUUUCCAUGACUGUCUUACUAUGUAUGCAUUGUUGUUGUCUUCUGAAGUAGUUAAAGAACUUCUAGAAAGUUCUGAAUGGUAUUUAUGGAGAACCAAGUCCUCAUGAGAGAACUGUACAGUGAGGUCAUCUCGUAGCCCUUCGUCCAGGUCUCCCGAGGCAGUGGAAAUGGCUAAUAGUCAAAGACUUCUGCUACUUACAUAUCAAGGGUGUGCUAAACAAGUCCCUUGGAUCCCAAUUCCAAAUGAACUUUUGUAUCUUCUGUCACUCAGUAGAGUGGCGUUAAAGCGUGUCUUGACAGUACAGCUGUCUUCCCCAGGAAAAGGUGAGAGUAUUCCAUCCAUCAGACCUUUCAUAGCUUCCCUUUGCUUUCCUAAGUCUUGGGAGUGCAACCAUUAUAGAUUGUAUGGAUAUUUUGUUUAUUACAUUCCUGUGACCCAAUAAAGUGAAUGCCCCUUUCUCACUGAGAGUUAA